GCAGUGACGUCGGCACGCGCCGCGGCGGUUGGUGGAGCGGCCCCGAGACCGGCCUGAGCGACGCGAUCAGUCCCAUCCCGACUCGGAGAAGGGCGAGCCAGCGCCAUGAGCAGCUCGUUCGUCAAACGGACCCAGGACACCCUGGGAAAAGUGAUCAAGAAGCCGCCGUUGACCGAGAAGCUGCUGAGCAAGCCGCCUUUCCGCUAUCUGCACGACAUCUUCACCGAGGUGAUAAGAACCACUGGAUUUUUGAAAGGUCUGUAUACAGAGUUUGAGAUGAAAUCUGACAAUGUCAAGGAUAAGGAUGCAAAAAUUGCAUUCCUGCAGAAGGCUAUUGAUGUCGUGAUGAUGGUUUCUGGUGAUUCUUUGUCUGUGAAACCUGCCCGUGUAGUGGCUGGUCAUGAACCUGAGAAAACAAAUGAACUCUUGCAAACUAUUGCAAAAUGUUGCCUUAAUAAGUUUUCCAGUGAUGAAUCUGUGAGGAAGGUCCUUGCUGGUGAAAAGGUAGAUCUUAAAUCAAAAGCACUAUCCAGUUCCAAAUCACAGGGCAAAGAAAACAGAGAAAAAAAAGAUGAUGAGCGAAAGAGGCAGAAGGACAAAGAACAAGAGGAAAGGGAUGAGAAUGCAAUUAAGCACAUCGGUGGAGAUCGAAAAGAAAAGGAACAAGGGAAACCAAUGGACAAAGAAAGGGACCGACACAAAGAUGGUGAUAGACGAGAAAAAGUAAAGGAUCAGGAAAAGGAUCGAGCAAGAACAAAAGAGAGAGAUCAGGAAAUCCAAAAGAAUCGAGGGGAUGGAGAAAAGGUAGAAAAGGACAAGAAUCGAGAAGGAGAAAAAAUGGAAAAAGACAAGAUUAGAGGAGAUGGAGAAAAGGACAAAGAACGAAGCAAAGAAAGGGAAAGAAAUAGAGAAAAAGUGAGAGAAAAACGACAGCGAGACAAGGACCGUGAGCAUUUGAAAGACCAUAGUAGAGAUCAGGAAGUGGAAAGGGAAAGAGCCAAAGAACAGGAAAAAACUGAGAGAAAGCCUAAAGUUGCAGCUGAGGAAAAACCCUAUAAGCAGCCUCCAGAGGUGAUGAAGAAAGACAACAAAGUUGAUGUCGACCAAGAGGCUGAGAACCCAGUGAGGAUACCCAGACCUUCAUCAGCAAAAGGCCAAAGACGAAAACCAAAAUCAGGAAUUGAAGAGGAAGAAAGAGAAUCUAAAACAUCAGUUAGUCAGCAAGAGGUGUUAGAGCAAAACCCUGAGAAAGACACCAUUAUAAACCAGUUAGAUGAGUCGGAUGCCGAAGCGGAACUUGAAGCUGCCCACAAUUCCAUUGAGAGGAAACAUACAGCAGAGGUGAAUGGAGAGAUUCUUGAUGAACUUUCCACCCAAGUUGCACAAAGCAAGCGAGUACCUCGACCAGGCAGUGCAAGACCAGCACCUCCCAGAGUAAAGAAGCAGGAAAGUCCAGACUCCCCUUCAGAAAGAAUUGGUAGUGCAAAACCUGUCACUAAUUUAAUAGUGGAUAAAGGAAAGAAUGUUGAAGAGGAAGAGGAUGAUGAUGAACAGUUUGUGGUGGAAGAAGCAGUCUCACAGCUGCCAGAAAUGCCUGAGACGGAACCUGCUACAGUAGUGGAUUUGCAUGGCAGUGAAGACCAUGGUGUGCUUGUCAGGAAGAUUUUAGAAACAAAGAAAGAUUAUGAAUCUUCUAAGUCUGUAACAAAAUCCAAAGACCACGAGAAAACUAUCAUUUCUGAAACAGCGAAAAAGAAGGAAAGGGAACUUGUGGCCAAGGAAAUAGAGAAGCUACGCACAUCCAUUCAGACCCUAUGCCGUAGUGCCUUGCCUCUGGGAAAAAUAAUGGACUACAUACAGGAAGACAUGGACUCCAUGCAGAAUGAAUUGUCAAUGUGGCGCAAAGAAAACAAGAUGCAUGCAGAAUCUCUUCUAAGAGAACAAAGCAUCACAGACACAGCUGUGGAGCCACUAAAGACUGAACUUGCUGAACUGGAGCAACUGAUCAAGGAUCAGCAGGAUAAGAAUUGUGCUGUCAAGGCAAAUAUACUGAAAAAUGAGGAUAAGAUCCAGAAGAUGAUUUCAAGUAUUAACUUCUCCUCAAGAUCAUGAGGGAGGAAAGGCUGUUGCACAGUCAGUUCAGCAAAUAAGGUGAAGAAAUGAUAGGGGGGAGGAAUCUUGUGUGACAGCAGGCUGACAAAUAAUGUGUACAUGGAUUUUUUUUAAAAUUCUCUGCAUUCCUAUUUCUCCAUCAGGGAGCUUAUUAUCUUGCAUGUUUAAGAUUACAAGUAUGUACAUCAAAUAAAAGCAAUGUUUAUAAAUAGCUUGCAGUUCUGAAUACAGGAUUUAUAUCAUUUUCUUUCUUGCUUACCUUCUUUGGGCUGAAAUUCUUGAUGGUGAUUUUAGCAAAAUAGUCAAUGUGAAUACAAAGCAGGAUGAUAAUAUAAUUGGAGGAAUUUUACUCCCUUUAAUGUUUAACUGAUAGUUAGUCUUCCCAUUAAUCUCUGAAUGUUUUCUGCUGAGCUACAGUGUUCUCUGCAGGAAUGAAUAUCAUUGUGGCACCAAGGCAAUACAACAGUCCAACCUGUUAGCCAAUUCCCAUGGUACUAGACAAUACCUAUGCUUGAGGCUAGGAUGAACUUGUGUUCAUCCAUAUCACUUAAAGCUGGUGAACUAGACCCCCUGCACAUAGGGUGUUUUUCAAUUACAGAUAUGAAAACUUUUAUAACAAAAUAAUUGGAUAUUACUGAUACUUUGCAUCAUUUGAAAAGUCACCCAAGGGAAUGAAUUUUCUUGUAAUUUACAGUUUAGGAUUUAAUAAUAUGGCAAUAGCUCUUACAAGUUUGAUUUACUCUCAGGUUCUAAUGUGUAAAUAAUGCAAAUGGAGCACUUUAAUAGUUUGUAUAACAAUAGUGGAAGCUUGAAGUGAAACUAGCAGUCUGAUCUGGGUGAUCAGAACUUUGUCACAAUGAUUUAAAGUGUUAUGUCAUCAUUUCAGUUAAAUCACCAAGAAAUACCUGUUAUCUUUUAAGUGGCAAACUGUAAUUGAUUGUGGAGCCAUGAUGAGUUACAAAUAUAACCAUGUUCUAUUGGUUGCAAAAUGUCAAGUGCAGGCAAAAACUCUCAACUCUUAGCCAUGCACUGAUUAAAAAUACAAGAAUUCGUGUUUCUGUGAAGCAAAUGGAGUGAGGCAACCUGCUAAAUGAAAAUAGUUCCAAUUCAUUUACAUUGGUAUAAGUAUAUGGGUUCAUUACAGAGUGAAAUAGUUUGGUGCCCACUUGCAUUACAGAACCCUGCGCAAUGCACUCCAGAUGAAAACAUUGCCUUUCAUUAACUAUACUCUAUUUGGGAGCUUUAGUUGGUGAGAUUUAGCCCCUUGAUUUGCAGAGCUUGAGUACAUCUCCUUGAUAGAAGACAUGAGGUAUUCUCAGUCCCAUCUUUAGCUAUAAAAGCAAUAACUGACAUUUCCAGCCCUCAGCUGUUGAUAAUUUUUGUUAAACAUGGGAUGGUUGAGAAAUAAGGAUAAUGAUGAGACUGAAGACUAAAUUUGGAAUUGAUGUGGUAUUCUUCAAAAUGAAAAACCAUGUUUAUUUUUACUUUUAAAGGUGAGCAUGUAAAAAAUGCUGUUACCACAAAAUUCCUUCAUAUUCCCAAAAACCACCAGUGUAUGCCAAGAAAA